AUGAAUAUUAUACCAAAGUAUGCACAAAUGAAACCGAAAUCAAAAACACCAGCGGGUCAGAAAAUUAUUAGGGGAGCCGAGAACAACUACAACCAAUGUGAAUUAAAAAACUUGCACGCCAAAAGGGAGCAUACAAAUGCGGAGCUAUUGGCUAUCCACCUACAGUUAGCGGAGCAUCUGCCAAUCCAAACCUUGAUGGAAAUAAUAGAGAAAAUAAAAGCCGAUAAUAAAAAGCUCAUGAAGAAGAAAUAUGAAAGGUGCAAUAAAUUGGGAAAAGAUCCCACUGAAGAAUACCAAGCAGCAAUAAAGAAUACCAUAAAGAAAAUCACAACCAUAAUAAAGGAUAAUCUACCAUAUAGACUAACACUUAUGAACCCGAGUGUCCCUCCGUUGAUUGCCUUGCCGAAGGCACACAAACUAGGCACCCCGAUGAGACCUAUCAUUAAUUACAAGUCUGAUCCCGGAUACAGACUCUCCAAGCACCUAAAGACGCUGCUGAAGGAUAACCUAGAUCUACGCAAUAAAUAUAUUUUUACAAACACAACGGACCUAUUCGAGAAGAUGAAAUCGUUGAAGAUCAACGAAAACACUAAAUUCGUAUCAUUCGACAUCAAGGACCUUUAUCCAUCGAUACCAACAAUAGAAACCAUAAAGACCGUACAAGAAAUACUGAUGGAAAAAACUAAAAGAGAAGCUGCUCAGGAAAUAAUAAACGCGUUGAAGGUUACAUUAAAACAAAACUACUUCCGGUUCAAUAAUAAGAUAUAUAAACAGAUUAACGGGUUAGGAAUGGGCAAUCCGACGUCAGCAAUACUCAUGGAAGUAUUCAUGCAAACACUGGAGGAGAAAUACAUGGAAAACCUAUCGACUAACCUAGGAGUAAAAUUCUACGCGAGAUAUGUCGAUGAUGUAAUAUGUCUAAUAGAGGGAAACAAAGAGAAACAGAUACUAGGCUAUCUCAGAAAACAACACCAGAAUAUAAAAUUCACCAUGGAAGCGGAAGAGGAAAGAAAGAUUAACUAUCUGGAUUUAACAAUUACAAUAAACGAUACCACGAACAAGAUAAAAACCAGUGCUGCACCCUGCAUUGCUCCGUACACGGAUGAGAUGGAGGAGAUUUUCGGAAACAGUGCGCUGCUUUCCAAUAACCACACGCUUAAUGUGAGUCGUUUCCGAGCACAAGCACUUGGAACGCCACCACCACCUCAACUAGCAGAUUCCACACAACCAGCACCACCCCCACGUCCGACAGAACUUUCACAGCUAGCAAGAUCCCCACAACCAUCACUACCUCACCCUCCAACAGAAUUAUCACAGCCCGCACUACCCCACCGUCCAAAAGCAUCUUCACAGCCAACACUGCCCCACCGUCCAACAGCACUUUCACAGGCAUCAAGAUCCCCACAACCAGCACUACCCCACCGUCCAACAGCACAGCCAUUAAGAUCCCUCCUGCUAGCACCAGUCCCAAGUCCAUCAGCAUCAGCACACCUGUAUGGGGAUGACACAGAACUACGUCCGCAACCAAUAUCCCCACAACCGGCUGUAUCGCCGUCCCCACCUACAUCCCUACAUCCCGAAUCAUCUCAACAACCACCAUCCCAAGAAGAAGAAGAAUCGCCUCAACCGUCCACGAUUUCCAUUGGCAAAUUCAUCGGCUAA